UAACAUCCAAGAUCCAGUAAAGAUCCACUUCCGUUAGCCUCGUAUAUCCCUUCACAAUGGCCAGUCAACAAUCCCCCAGCCAAUCCAAAUCAAUCGACGAGUAUCGAUCGUUAUACAAAACAUAUCUGGAACACUGCAACGCUCAUGACUUCGAAGCAAUGCGCUCAUUCUACGCAUCCCCCCUCAUCGUCAACGACAAACCCAUAACCCCCGCAGAAGCAACAUCUUCCUUCCAACCCAUGAUCGACGCAUUUCCAGACUGGCACUGGCACCUGCGAAACCUCACCAUCGAAGGCGACUACCUCUCGCUUCUCUUCAAAGUCACGGGCACUCACAAGGGUGACUUUCGAGGAUACAAAGCCACCGGCCGCAAGAUUGAGACGAGCCAGUUCACGCUGUACCACGUCGUCGAUGGGAAAUUUGCACAAGUGUGGGACCUGGUUGAUUUCGAGACAUUGAUUUCGCAGAUCAAAUAAAGGAAAUACAAUAGCAGAUCAAUGACAUUCUUUUGAUUCAGUCUUGGCCGGGAAUUUGGUGAAUUGAGGUGAAC